GAGGACGGACGGAGCGCGGGCUGGAAGCUGCGCGCGCCCUGCACUGCACUGCAACUGCGCUCGCGGACGGAACGCUCGCGAGCAGGUUCGGGUCGGUUAACGGAGAACGCGGACCGCAGAUCUCGCGCCGAAGCGGAGGGUCUGCUCGUUGACACGGACAGUGAUACCGGACCGCGGAGUUCGCCGUUUGUUUUUGAAAAAUAACUGAGUCUCGCGCGGCGGUUAUUUUUUGAACAGCCGUUGGAAAAGUGAGGAAGCCCAACGGUCGCCUCUCCUCAGGAUUACCGCGGCGCGGACGGAGGAAACCGCCGUAAAAGCCCUCGGAACCGGAGGAUACCGUUGUUUUGGGGGUUGCGGUGCUCUGGCGGCGCUGUGUGCGGUGAGUUCCAGCCGGCUGAAGCCACUUUAGUGACGGCUGUAGCGGCGGACGGAGAGCAGAUUUCCCGACAGGAACGCUUGUCUGUUCUCCGAGGAUUAUCCGGGGUUUCCGUCGGAUUGGACUCUUUCUAAGCGGAGUAAAAGUGAGCAUUGUGGCGGGAUUAAUCCGGUACUUGUGCGGAGCUGCAUGUAAUCGGCAAUUUAUGGUCGGCCUGGGCAGCUCGGCGGCUGUAGAAUCGCCCGUUUGCGUGCGACAGGAGCGCGUGUGUGUGUGCAGAGAUGCUGGCGUGUCUGCAGCGGAGGCAGAACCCGGCCCAGCACGGCCUGACUGGGCCUCAGCAUGCUCUCCAGCCCUGCAGCACCAAGAGCCUGGACACACCUCAGUCCAGCAUGCGCAAAUGUGAACUGAGCAUGCCUGUUCACUCACCACGCUACCCCAGCACGGCAGAGCUGGACGCCUACGCGCAAAAGACGGCCAACAACCCACUGUCCAUCAAAAUCUUCCCCACCAACAUCAGGGUCCCACAACACAAGCACCUUAACCGGACUGUGAACGGCUAUGACACCACGGGCCAGCGCUACAGCCCAUACCCCCACCUCCAUACGGGGGGCUACCAGGGUCUGCUGGCCAUUGUCAAAGUCUCCGCUUCAUCUUCUGCCUCAUCUUCUUCAUCAUCAUUCGUGGCCUCUGCGAAGGCUGUGGUCAAGAAUGCCGAGGGCAGGCGGACUAAGCUCUCCCCCGCCCAGGUAGCAGUGGCCCCCUACCCACCCCCCAGCAACAGCAGCAGCACUUUAGCCCACUGCCAUGGCCAGACACUAGCUGUGCCUCCAAAUGUGACAGUGGCUGGGUCUGUGAUCCCCCUGGCUGGUGGCAGAGGAGGGCUGAAUCUGCCCCCUCAGUCCAACCUGCCCUCCAUCCAGAGCAUCAUCUACCAGAUCAACCAACACUGCCAAGCUCAGGCCCUACAGCAGGUCUCCACAGCGCCCACUAACCCCAGCCCCUGCAAGCAGGGGGCCACUGUAGUUGGAGUUUCCUCUAGUUCAUCCGGAGGGAGUUACAUUGGUAACCUGGGAUACUCUGGGACGGGACUAUCCGGGCACAACGGGGAUGCGAUGAAGGUGUAUUCUGAGGGUGUGGACUACAUCCUGUGGCAGAAACAGCAGCAGCAGCAGUCUGUGCUGAGGAUGUACAGUGGUGGGAGCGGUGGGGGAGGGGCAAUUAGCAAGUCACCCGAGUCCUGUGCCCCAGGGAAUAGUAUUCUGGUGGCUGGAGCCCAGAUAUCUUCCUCCUCCCGGGCAUACCCAAUGACAGCCAGCGUGAGUGGAGGAGGAGCCGGACUGGAGAAGGUGAGCUCUUCCCCUUUGAACUGUGCAGGAAUGCAGGGAAAUUUUGCAGUUGGCCAGUACUUUGGGCCACCCUGGAACAGCAUCCUGGUUACCCCGGACAGCGACUGUUACAACCCUCAGGAGUUGCCAGGGACGACAGCCACCGCCGGGCACAGGGAGCUGGGCUUCCCGCCCCAUCAUCAUCAUCACCUUCAUCAUCACCACCUCCAUCAUCACCACCCACCUUUAGACAGUACAGGAGGCGUGUGCUGUAGCCUGCCGAGCAAAAGCCUGUGCAACGCUUCGGUCCUCAGCAGCAGCCUGCAGUCUCUGGAAUACCUGAUCAACGACAUCCACCCCCCGUGCAUUAAGGAGCAGAUGCUGGGCAAAGGCUACGAGACCGUCUCAGUACCGCGACUGCUGGAUCAUCAACAUGCACACAUUCGACUGCCUGUUUACAGAUAGAGUCCAGACUCUGAUUCCCGGGAAAGCAUCUAGGCAGGUCCAAUGUGAACGGACGGAAAAUCUGAGAUCUUUUCAAUCAAAAAUAGAGGAUGUUCAGGAUUGUUCCGUAGUUAACUGCGGUGACUUUGCCGUUAGCAGGCUGGGAAGACAUGGAUCACCGUUGGCCAAUUGCCUGGAAAGCUAAGGGGGUGCUUUUGAGCUGAUGGAUGGGAGAGAAUGCUCUGCUGGGAAGUAGAAUGUUGGAAGAUUCCAUUUGAGGAUUCUGAUUCUUUUUUGUUUUUUGCCAACAGGGAUUUUUAGUUAUUUUUUGUCCGAUUGUUGCUUUGUUUUUAUUUUUUUUUCCGAGUUUCUCUGAUUUGACUAAACUUUGUGCUCGCUUUGUACGAGGACGAAGCAGCUUCCCUUGCUUAUAACCAAGCGUGUGGCUUCAUAUGGUGGAGGAAGAUGGUCUCCAAGGACCAAAGUUUAGGGCUUCAGAUCAUGCAUACAUCUCCACAGCCAGCCCUACAUGUCUACACAUCAGAUGUUACGAAGACAGAAGAAUCCUGCAGGAUCAGUGCUUUCAAGUGUUGUUUGAAAAUUGCAUAAAAUUACACAAAAAAUAAAUUAAUAUUGUAAUAAUAAUAAUAAUAAUGGGUAUAAUUGAAAAUUGCACUGCUUGGGGAGCUAAAAAUCUUGUGAGAGAAUCGGGAAGCUGGAAACGAGUAGUUUGAAUAUGAUGUAUUUAUGAAACUUGAAAAACUUGAACUUAUUUUUGUUGUUUUAUAUAUUUGUAGUAAAUGAUAUGCAUUGGCUGCUAAGGGGAAACGUGUCUCGAAUGCUUAGUUUUUUAUUGUUUAAUUCUGGGUUGUUUUGUUUUUUUCUCUUCUGGCUCUGUUUGUAAUUCCGAAGGUCUAAUCACUGCUUUGGUUCGUAAGGGACCGUAGGCCGGAGCAUCACGGCUUGUUACUAACACUGGAAUCCGCUGGAGUCCGAUGGUUACUGAAGUGAUGGGUGUAUCGAACAUCUAGAAUGAAGAAUGUCCUGAUAUUUAAGGUCCUGGUUUUUUACCUCUUUGGUGUGACGUUAGAGAAUUUCUUCUUCUUCCUUUAUUUCACUUGAAUCCCGCUGGACGCUGUGAUGUGCGGUUGUUUAUAGGCUGUUGCUUCUGUAGUUAAGCACACGUAUUCAGACAGAAGAGGCCAGAGCAGAUAUUCUGGUGAGGAAAUCGAGAAUAAAAGUGGAGCCGAAAGGAUUGAGAAUUGAAGCGGGCAGGAAACGGCAUUUCCUUCCAAAAUUUCUGAGAGGAGCAGGUGUGUCAUUGUGGGUCGACCUGAUUGGUUAGUUCAUCGUUCUCCAGUCGUCUGAUUGGCUAUGAAAGCAGAAGCUCAGUCACACAAAGAAGUCUCUGACUUCUUUUUCUCUUCAGGAGGUGGAGGAGAGAAGGUGUGAACUGCUGCCUCUCCUCUUCCUCCAUCAUCUCUCCAUCCUUUUUCCUCUCUUUCUUCUCUCUUCCAUUCUCUUUACUCUUUCUCUUUCUUCUUCUUGGUUUCUUCCAUAUUCUGCCAAUCCUCUUUCCAUCCUCCGCCCUUUACCAUUCUUUUAUCUCCUUAUUCUGCCCAUCCUCCUGUUUUAUUCUCUCUCCAUCUUUUUUGUUCUCUUUCCAUCCUCAAUGUUCCAUCCUCUUUCUCUUGUCUCUCCUGUAGUACUCUCUAUCCCUUCAUCCUCCUGUCUCUCAUUCUUCUCUUUCUAUCGCUAUUGCUCUGACCAUCCUCUCUCUCCAUGCUGUAUUAGCAGCUCGCUCGGCCCUGCUGCCGGUCUCUACACCGUGGUGUUUAUUCAGGCUGUGGGGGGCUGGAGGGGGGGGGGGUUACGGAGGAGGAGAAACGGAGAGAAAUUGGAUCAGCGCUGCAGCCCCGUCGCUAAAUUAGCAUUUCUUUUGUCAGUCAACUUUCACUGGAAAAUUGAAUUUCUAAACUCUGGAGUGAGGGAGA